AUGCAUUUAUCUAUCCUCCUCCUCUUGAGCUUGGCGGAAGCCUGGUCACCCACCAACUCCUAUGCCCCAGGAGAGGUCGAUUGUCCAUCGUAUCUGAACGAGUCUGACUACAACACAGAUGACAGAAGAGGAUUCAUACGUGCUGCCAACAGUUUAAGCGAGGAGGAGCAAAAUUGGCUCACAGGCAGAGAAAACAUUACUAACGACAACCUCAGAUGGUUUCUGAAUCUCGCAAACAUGACGGAUUUUGACACCGACGACUUCAUGGAUGAGCUUGCUGAAAAAAGCCAGACCAACGACACUAUCCUGGCCACCCCUAGAAUCGGACUUGCUUUCAGUGGAGGUGGCUACCGUGCGAUGCUCGGCGCAGCCGGCCAGAUUUCCGGCCUUGAUAACCGUACCGACGGCUGCUACGAGCACGGUGUGCCUAUCUUGUCGGCCGUUACGUACAUAGCGGGUCUUUCCGGAGGUUCCUGGUUUUUGUCUACUCUGGCCUUCAACAACUGGACUUCUGUUCAGGACAUUUUAGAUCAGACUGGACAGGACAACGCCACUUGGGAUCUCACCGACUCCAUUCUGUCUGAUGGCGGACUGUUCCACACGCUAGGAUACUGGGAUAGUAUCAGUGACGACGUUCAGGCCAAAGAGGAUGCGGGCUUCGAUAUCACUCUAACAGAUCCCUGGGGAAGAGCACUGUCUCACCAAUUCUUCCCCACACUCGAAGACUACGGUGCCUCGAUGACCUUCAGUUCUCUAAGAGACUUCCCGGUGUUCAAGAACUACGAGAUGCCGUUCCCAAUUCUCGUCGCCGAUGGAAGAGCCCCGGGGACUGAAAUUAUCAGUUUGAACUCCACUGUUUUUGAAAUUACACCAUUCGAAAUAGGCUCCUGGGAUCCGUCCCUCUACACGUUUGCGGACCUCAAGUAUAUUGGAACGAACGUCACCAACGGAAAGCCUGUCGACUCGUGCAUUGCGGGAUUCGACAACACGGGCUACAUUUUCGGAACGUCUUCGUCGCUGUUCAAUGAGGUUCUGCUGGAGCUAAAUAGCAGCUCGACUUCCAGCUUCCUGACCUCUCUGUUCGAAGACUUUUUGGACCAUAUCGGCUUCGACGAGAACGACAUCGCCACCUAUAGACCGAACCCAUUUUACAAUUCGGAGUGGGCAGCCCUCGACUCGAUCGUCAGCUCUGAGACGUUGGAUCUCGUCGAUGGCGGUGAGGAUUACCAGAACAUUCCACUGAAUCCACUGCUGCAACCAGAAAGACAGGUUGAUGCCAUCUUUGCAUUCGACAACUCCUACGACACCGACACCCACUGGCCCAACGGAACGUCGCUCGUGUACACCUAUGAGCGUCAGUUUGGCUCACAGGCAAACCACACGGCAUUCCCAUACGUUCCAGACCAGGCAACGUUCUUGAACCAGAACUUGACAGCCAAGCCAGCAUUCUUUGGCUGCUACGCUUCCAACUUGACCGAUCUCAUGGACGAGGUCGAAUCGGACUACGUUCCGCCAUUGAUCAUCUACAUCGCCAACAGACCAUACUCCUACUACACCAACACGUCCACUUACCAGAUGUCCUACACGGACGACGAAAAACUAGGCUUCUUACAGAACGGCUUUGAAGUGACCACUAGAAAUAAUCUCACCAUCGACGAGGAAUUCCGCGCAUGUAUUGGAUGUGCCGUUUUGCAGCGCUCCAGAGAAAGGCUCGGCUACUCUUUGGGAGACCAGUGUCAAAAAUGUUUUGAUACGUACUGUUGGGACGGAACCAUUGACACUAAUGAGGACACUAUCGGCGUCAACUUCACCGCCAGCGGGCUCACCUCCAAUUCUGACGAGACAAACGCUACGAGCGGGUCCAUCAGACUAGGCACCGAUUACUUCACUGCCAAGUUUCUCGUGAUGGCAUCGGUCCUCUGUCUAGUUCUAUUCUAG